GGCCUCAUUAUGCCGGAUAAUAACCGAAGUACGAUUCGCGUUGGAUCACGCUGCAGUCAGCUCGCUCUUGUGCAAACCAAUAUCGCUAUUGGCUUACUGAAUCUCAAACAUCCCAGCUUGCGGUUUGAAGUCUCCAGAAUCUCCACAGUUGGUGACAAAAUUCUGGACGUGGCUCUCUCUAAGAUUGGAGACAAAAACCUUUUUACCAAAGAACUGGACAACGCACUGCUCAAUAAACAAGUUGAUUUCGUGGUGCACUCGCUAAAGGAUGUACCCACUAUCAUGCCAGAUGGACUAGUACUUGGUUGUGUCUUUGACAGAACCUCGCCAGAGGAUGUUGUUCUAAUGUCUCCCGCUAACCGUGGUCGGAAACUAUGUGAUCUACCUUCUGGUUCUGUUAUCGGAACAAGCUCCGUCCGGCGCGUUGCAACUCUAACUCGCUUGUAUCCUCACCUCAAUUUCGUAUCCGUUCGGGGUAAUCUAAACACUCGUCUAAGAAAACUUGAUGAAAGUAAUACGACUGCGGGUGGCCCUAAAUACGAUGCCGUUAUUUUGGCCAGAGCUGGUAUCGACCGACUGGGUUGGUCCGAUCGCAUAGAUCAGGUAUUAACAGAUGGUUUCUACGCUGUUGGCCAAGGAGCUUUGGCAUGUCAGUGUCGUCGUGACGACCCCUUCAUUCUUACCCUGCUUGCUGAUCUGCACUCGGAAACAGCUGCCCUCAGUUCGAUAGCAGAGCGGAGUCUCAUGCGACAUUUGGACGGCGGGUGUUCCACUCCAAUCGGUGUGUCCACCAAAUUAUUCCCAAACACCGGUGGCCAUCCCAUGUACCUUCAUCUUCGCGCCAGCGUGCUCAGUCUCGACGGGGGCCAGUGCGUCGAAGGGGAUCUGCUUACCGAUUUGUCUUUUCAUAUAGCUAAGCAUGUUAAACGAGUGCACUCACCUGAUUUGGACGGCGUCAGCGAUGGAUGCGAAUACGGGAAACUACCGCGCGAUACAGAACUUCCCAAAGUUUAUGCCGAUGAAUCUGACGAGUCUGAAGGAAGCAGCAAUAUUUCCGUUCCCGAAACUGUGCACUCUCCUACCUCACCAUCAGGUCGUUUGGAUUCAGCCUCUACUGAAGAGGAACUUCGUUUGGCCAAAAAUCCCUCCAGUACAUUUAUGGGUGUUCACGUCAAUCCCAUGUGUGAUGUUGCUCGUCUCCGAAUGGCUCGCGCUCAACGACUUGGUCAUGCGCUUGCUGAACGCUUGCUCUCAUCUGGCGCCGCAGAAAUAUUGGAACAGCUGCGUGCAUCUUCAGCCGCCUUGGAACCGAAACCCAACACGACCGCUAGAUGACUUUUCUGGUUCACUACCAUUAAUUGCUUUCCUGCUAUCUUUCAAUGGGCUUUUAGGCAAGAUCUGCGUUUUGGAACUCUUGUUUGGCCCCAGUGCCUUAUGUUCCAUGGGCCUUUAUGACGAUUUCUGUGUCUCAUAGUUUCAAUUGAAUAUACUUUUCUAAUAUAUUCUCAUC